AAAGUUGAACUUAAACUAAAUUAUAUUCAAAAGUCUAAAUUUUGUGAAAUAAUUGGCCAAUUCGACAGACAUUUACGAUACUUUCAACCAGUGUAUCUUUCAGACGCUCCAGAGUUCAAGGAAAAGCCAAAAAUCGCUCAGCGUGAUGGCGGAGAGCUCCUGGUGAUAAAGAUGCAAGCGAUUUCAAAAACGGAGAUGAAAGUGGAAUGGCUGAAAAAUGACAAACCACUGGAAAAAUCUGAUCGAGUGAAGGCUAACGUUGAAAAAGACGCCAAAGAUCCGCAACAGUAUCUUCUCAGCUUAGAAAUCAAGAAACCGACCAAAGAAGAUGAGGCAAAGUACACUUGCGUAGUGAAGAAUGAAGGAGGACAAAAUCGUCAGUCCAUCAACCUGUCGUUUGAAUAA